AUGAUGCCAAGUUGGUCAAGCGCCCAGCACCCGCCGGGCGUCGUCCCUCAGCACCCUCCUCCGGCGUCUUAUGCCUAUCCACCUAACCCUGCUUUCAUUCCAGUACAAGUACGACAAGGCUUUGGCCAUUACACUCCUCCUCCGCCACCACCACCAGCUUAUAACAUGUACGCGUCAAAUGCCGCUCAGGCUCAAGCCUCUGCUCCCGGGACUACAACAAAUGCGUCUCCUCCAGCACCCGUAGAACAGCCCAAAGGAGGCAAGACUGAAUGGCCGGAAUCAGUCCGUCGAUAUGUCCAGCGGUCUUUCCACCCUGAGAACGAGGAUGCCUCCGUCUCCCGUGCGGAACUUGAAGCAAAAUUAAAAGAUACCAUCGGCAGCGCCAAAGAGAACAACUCGCUCUACACUAUUGAUUGGGACAACAUGCCCUUGCCCCAAGCUUUGGUGAGAGCUGACCGUGAGGCACAGCUAAAGUUGCACCAUCACGCUGCCUCGUUGUCGUUGACAACGCCAGUAUAUACCGACGACAAGUUCAAUCCUAGAAAGCGAAAGUCCAAUGACUUUGCAAAUAAUGAUACGUCCACGCCACCAUGGCACUCUACUAACUCAGGCCGAUCCCUCGAGGAUCGCAUUUCGUAUUCCCCCGACAAGCGGGUGGCCCUCGAUGACCCCAAGUCUAGUAAGUUCCAAAAAGAAGCCAACAAGCGCAAACGCCGUUUCGAGAAUGAGUACAAGGCGGCCAAUAUCUCGUCGCCCAGCCCAACUCCACCGACUGGUCCUAUCGUCGGCACCUCCGAAGUUCUUGAAAAGAAGUAUCUCCGCCUCACUGCCCCCCCUGUAGCGUCCAACGUGCGGCCUGAGAGAGUUCUCCGUCAAACGUUGGAUUUGCUGAAGAAGAAGUGGAGAAAGGAGAGCAACUAUUCCUACAUUUGCGACCAGUUCAAGUCGAUGCGCCAGGAUCUCACGGUUCAGCGCAUCAAGAACGAGUUUACUGUUUCCGUCUAUGAAAUCCACGCCCGGAUUGCCUUGGAGAAGGGGGACAUUGGUGAGUAUAAUCAGUGCCAGACUCAGUUGCGGUCAUUGUAUGCAAUGGGCCUGAAGGGAAACCACAUUGAAUUUAAGGCGUAUCGUAUCCUCUAUUUCAUUCACACUGCCAACCGAACCGGCCUGAACGACACCCUGGCAGAUCUAACAGCAGCGGAGAAGGAAGAGAAGCCGAUCAAGCACGCUCUCGACGUACGGUCGACGCUGGCAUUGGGCAACUAUCACAAGUUCUUCCAGCUAUACCUUGACACGCCCAACAUGGGUGCAUAUCUCAUGGAUAUGUUUGUCACGAGGGAGCGCCUUGCAGCUCUGUGCAAUAUCUGCAGAGGAUAUAAACCUGACGUCAAGCUGCGCUUCAUCACUGAGGAGCUCGGUUUCGAAUCUGAUGCUGAUGCUGCCCAGUUCAUCAUUGAUUACCAGGGGCAACACCUUCUUGAAGAUCGCACAGAGUACAUUGCGUUCCUGACUGGCAAAGCUGGGAACCUCUUUGAGAGCUCCAGAGCCUCGGCUUUCCAGAAAGUGGACAUUAAAGGCCAGAUCUAA